GUUUAUUUAUUUAACAUUUGGCGAAGCAUGUGGUGUUCCAGCAUCAACGACGAAAUUCGCGAGCCAUGUCGAAAACAACAACCAAAAAGACGAAACCGCAGCAGAAAGGAAGACCUGGCAAGAAAAAUCCGAAAGUGUUUUUCGAUAUAACAGUCGACGACAAAGCAAUAGGACAAAUGAUUAUAGAAUUACGCGCUGACGUUGUACCAAAAACGGCCGAAAAUUUCCGAGCUUUAUGUACUGGCGAAAAAGGUUUUAGUUAUAAAGGUUGUCCUUUUCAUCGAAUAAUACCGCAAUUCGUGUGCCAAGGAGGAGAUUUUAUUAAUAAAAACGGCUCCGGCGGAAUAUCUAUUUACGGCGGAAAAUUCGAAGACGAGAAUUUCACCUUAAAACACGAGAAACCUGGAACCCUUUCAAUGGCUAAUGCCGGACCUAACUCUAAUGGAAGCCAGUUUUUUAUUACGUUUGCAAAAGCACCGAUGCUGGACGAUAAACACGUAGUAUUCGGCAACGUUAUUAAAGGUAUGGAUAUUAUCGAGAAAAUAGAAAAACUCGGUACUCCGGAGGGCGAGCCGAAAAGGGAAGUUUUGAUUGAAAGAUGCGGCCAGUUACGAGAUUAACCGUCCGAAGUCGAAAAGUCAACGUUUUUCGUCGCCUUUUUUUCUUUUUCUUACCUUUUGAUUUUAUUCUCUCGUCGCCAUUUGUAUUGUAAGUAAUUUUAAGGUUUGUCGUCGUCGCCGGAUCAGCGAUUUGAUAUAUAUUUCAUAUAUUUUCAAUUCGGUCGAGUGCCAUCUUAGUCGUUGUAAAUAUUACAUUAAAAUGGUUGUAUUAUGAAAACG